AGACGAAAAUAGAGAAAGAGGAAGAGAGUGAGAUAGGUAAAAGGCAAAAGAGGAGCUUGCUCUCUCAUCAGCAUCGUCACCUUCUCCAAUAUCAACAAUCAUCAACAUCCCCACCCCCAAUUUUCCCCAGAUUUUUCCCCCAAUUCUACAUUUAUCGCUUUUUUCGUCUCAUCGAAAAAAUGCCCUAAUUUUCACUUAUCUUCCAAAUUCACAAAUCAUGUCCACCAAUUCCAACCCUUGAGUUCCCCCCUUUUUCUCUCUCCUCAAUUCAAAUUCUAAUUUCAAAUUUGGGGGCGAAAAUUAUGCACCGAGAAAGAGGAAAUGUUGGAGGUGGGUCGUCGAAAUCGUCGGAAAUUGGAAAUAUUGAUCGAAAACGCAUCAAUGAUGUUUUAGAUAAGCAUCUUGAGCGAAGUUCUCCUUCAACUUCGAGAGGAUUUAGUACUAACCCUAAAGAUAAAGAUGUUAGGGUUUCUGCGCCGUCGACUUCCGCCGGAAAAACACCACCUGAUUACUCUGGUGUGAAUAAUGCUAAGAUUUGCUACGAGGAGGAGUCUGAAACUGACAGUGAAGAGUCUGAUGUUAGUGCAUCUGAUGGUGAGGAUACAGCAUGGAUUUCAUGGUUUUGCAAUUUGCGAGGGAAUGAAUUUUUCUGUGAGAUUGAUGAUGAUUACAUCCAAGAUGAUUUCAAUCUUUGUGGAUUGAGCAGCCAAGUUCCAUAUUAUGAUUACGCACUCGACGUCAUUUUGGAUGUUGAAUCUUCUCAUGGUGAUAUGUUUACAGAGGAACAGAAUGAGUUGAUUGAAUCUGCAGCAGAAAUGCUUUAUGGCCUGAUUCAUGUUCGAUACAUUUUGACUAGUAAAGGAAUGGCUGCUAUGUUAGAUAAGUAUAAAAAAUAUGAAUUUGGGCGUUGUCCUAGGAUUUACUGCUCUGGGCAGGCGGCUCUUCCUGUUGGCCCAUCAGACAUUCCACGAUCAAGCACCGUGAAAAUCUACUGCCCAAAAUGUGAAGACAUCUAUUAUCCAAGGUCGAAAUACCAAGGCAAAGAUGUGGAUGGUGCAUACUUUGGGACUACAUUCCCUCACCUUUUUCUGAUGACAUACGGGAACCUUUUGCCAACUCAAGCAACUAAAACCUAUGUGCCGAGGAUAUUUGGUUUUAAGGUCCACAAGCCUUGAUGCCCGCUUUCCAUGCUGCAUCUCACAACGACGAAAAGAACAAGAAAAAGAAAUCCACUGCUUAGCGGCGCUUCUGCUUUGUUCGUUUUUCCCGGGUACAUAUGCUUCAAAUUUUCCAGGUAAACUGUGGUGGUUUUUACGAAUUCUUAGGGACGAAGUUCCAUGUACAAUGGCCUAAAGCCAUCUUUAAAGUUGGUAGUGAAGUUUACAGCGUGCAUGUGUAAUUUUAUUCCCAAGUUCUAUUGAUAAUCACUUAGAGCUAUAUUGGUUGCCUCCUUCCCAUCUUACUUCUGAAUUGAUUUAUGAAAGCAUCAUGCAUUCUUUUUCUUAGAAUUUGAGACCAUGGAUUUGUACAGUGAAUUUUGGUAAAAUCUAAAUUUACUGAUUGUAGACAUUUUAUUUCA